UUGUAAAAUCCGGCAGGUAUUUAUCGUUAGUGCUCCAUUGAUGCGGCUCGUUUAUGGUUAUUUGCAAUUGUGAUAACUUUUAAUACAGAACACAACACAAACAAUGGGUAAAGUAGGUAAUACAGAACUAUACUGGGAAGACAUUUUGGUCAUUGUUAUAUACUUUAUACUCGUCUUAGCUGUAGGAUUAUGGUCGUCAUACAAAAGCAUAAGAGACAGCGUCAGUGGGUAUUUCCUAGCAAACAGGAGCAUGCACUGGAUACCUGUUGGUGCAUCCCUAUUUGCUAGCAACAUAGGAAGUGGACAUUUUAUUGGUUUAGCUGGUUCGGGUGCAAGUUCCGGUAUUGGAAUUGCAACGUUCGAAUUGAAUGCAUUAUACAUUCUGUUAAUUUUGGGAUGGCUGUUCGUUCCUGUUUACAUGGCAUCCGGAGUAUACACGAUGCCAGAAUAUCUCAGGAAACGUUUCGGAGGCCAAAGAAUCAGGAUAUAUUUAUCAGUUCUCGCUCUUCUCUUAUACGUAUUUACUAAAAUUUCGGCUGAUUUAUACGCUGGAGCCAUAUUCAUCAAUCAGUCGAUUAAGCUGGAGUUAUACAGUUCAGUUCUAACCUUAUUAGUAAUAUCGGCGCUGUUUACCAUAUCCGGAGGUUUAACGGCGGUUAUGUGGACAGAUUCGGCUCAGACCGUGUUAAUGCUCAUAGGUGCCUUCGUUUUAAUGAUACUGAGUUUUAUUAGAGUCGGAGGUUACACCGAAUUACUCGAGAAAUUUGCUAUGGCUCAACCCAAUGAUAGUUAUAUAGGGUAUGGCAUAGAUAAUAAGUCUUGCAGUUUGCCACCCGACAAUUACAAGCAUCUUUUAAGAAGCGCGAGCGAUCCAGAAUUACCUUGGACCGGAAUUACCUUUGGCUUGACAAUAUCAGCAGUCUGGUAUUGGUGCUCUGACCAGGUCAUAGUCCAGAGAGCUUUGUCAGCUAGAAGCAUGGUUCACGCUAAAGCCGGAUGUAUACUUGCUGGUUAUCUGAAGUUACUACCACUUUACCUUUUGGUACUCCCAGGAAUGGCUGCUCGCAUAUUGUUCCCAGAUAUCGUCGCUUGCUCCGAUCCAAAAAAAUGCGAAGAGGCUUGCGGAAUUAAAACUGGAUGCACCAAUGUAGCAUAUCCUAUGUUAGUUCUUAACCUUAUGCCAGCAGGUGCUCGUGGUAUGAUGUUGUCUGUGAUGUUAGCUGCAUUAAUGAGUUCGCUCACCUCCAUUUUUAACAGUAGUUCUACUAUUUUUACUAUGGAUAUAUGGACUAGAAUCAGGAAGCACGCUUCUGAAAUGGAAUUAUUAAUAGUGGGGAGGGUUUUUGUAUUGAUCCUCGUGGCUAUAAGUAUUGUUUGGAUACCAAUUAUCCAAGCAUCUCAGGGAAGUCAAUUGUUUCAUUAUAUACAAAGCGUGACCAGUUAUCUGGCUCCUCCCGUGUGUGCCGUAUAUGUUUUGGCAAUUUUAUGGUCACGGAUAAAUGAAAAAGGUGCUUUCUGGGGUCUUAUGAUCGGACUUGUGAUAGGUAUAAUUCGAUUUGUAAUGGAAUUUGCAUACACGGUACCCGCUUGUGCAGAAAAUUUGCCAGAUCCCAGGCCCGCUAUUCUUUCUAAGGUGCAUUAUUUACAUUUUGGAUGCAUACUCUUUGUUAUUGUUUGCAUAGCUACUUCAGUUAUCAGUUUAUUGACAGAACCCAUUGCAGAGAAACACUUGUAUCGAUUAACAUUCUGGUCAAGGCUCAGCCCCGAAAUAAGGGAUGAUUUAGACACACAAUCCACAUCAAAAGCCAAAACUGCCAAAGUAUCCGAUGGAGCAGAGAAUCCAGGAUUCCAAGAGAUUGAAAAUGGCGUUUCUAUCGAAAUGUCACUAAAAUCUCCGGAUAUUCAGCAAAACAAAGAAAUUAAUCAACCCCAAAACAACAUAUUCGAACCCGAACCGACACUCAUCAAAAAAGCAUUUUAUUUUGUAUGUGGAUUGACUGAAAAUUUAAGGAAAAAUAAGGAUCAAGAAGUGGAAAGGCUUUCUCCAGAAGACGAAGCGAAAAGGGCAGUGGAAUUUAUGAAAUCGAACCCCUUCUGGGAUACCAUAAGCAAUGGAAAUGCUGUAUUUCUUCUCAUAGUAGCAUCAUUUGUAUGGGGUUAUUACGCAUAAAAUCAAAAACAUUUCGCGUUAUUUUAACGAGUGGACUAUCGAGUCUACCUGUAAAUACAAAAAACAAGCUCUUGUAUAUAUAACACUUUACGUUUGUAAUUAGAAGACUUAAAUCAUUCGACGUUGUGUAAAUUUAGACAUUUUUUUCAAAAAUAUAUUUUUUAAUAAUCAAGAAUUUGGAAUUUUUAAAAAGAAUUUUACCAUAACACAAUAAACACUAUAUG